AGCAGAUCAAAUAAAUAACCCCACCACCCACUUUAAUUUCCUCUCUCUCUCUCUCUCUCUCUAUCUAUCUCCAUAUUGGUUUCACUAGACAAACUAUACUUCUCUUUCUCACAUACACUUUCUCUCAAAAAUGUCUAACAUCUUCUGGAAGAACCUCCUCAAAUGCUUACCGGCCAGCACCACAACCACAGCCACAUCCCCACAUCCAUUAAAUAUACAACAAGAACAUACCCAUUUAUUACAAUCAUCCACAACCACAACCACCGCCACUGCCAAGCCUUCCACCACCGCAUCAUCUAUUAUUAUAAAUAACUUCAGUAAUUCCUUCUAUGACCUCUCCUCAGCUUCCACUUCCAAAUCUUUAAGUUCUUUCUCUUCCUCUGACUCUGACUCCGACACCGACUCACCACUCGAUUUCGCUGCAAUCUUCGCUUCUCAACGGUUCUUCUUCUCGUCUCCUGGCCGCUCAAACUCUAUCAUCGAGUCCCCGGAAACGAUACCGGAGUCAGAGUCCCAAACAGAAGUAAUACCGCUCACCGGAGGUGUUGCCGUUAAAAAGUACUCACCAGAUCCUUACAGCGAUUUUAAACAUUCGAUGCAAGAAAUGAUUGAAGCAAGAAAGCUAAGUGACGUGAAAGCUGAUUGGGAUUAUUUGCAUGAGUUGCUUUCUUGUUAUCUUAGCUUAAACCCUAAACACACUCAUAAGUUUAUUAUUAGUGCUUUUGCUGAUAUAAUUAUUUGCUUACUAUCCUCCUCUUCGUCGGAAUCGGACACCCUCCAGAAGCCUGAAGGCCGGCGGCGGCAUAAUAUUUCACAUUGGUUGGUGUAAAAUAUUUAGUAUCAAUAUCUUUUCUUAGUUUAAUGAAGAGUUACUUUGUCUUUGGUUAGAAAGAAAGAAAGAAAGAAAGAAAAGGUUGUUGUCAUGCAAGAAGACAAAAGUAAAAUGUAAUUUGUUAAUUUGGAAAUUGAAACCAAGAAAAGCGUGGAGAUUGUUAAAUUCUCGAUGUCAAAUUAUGUUUAUAAGAGGCCAAAUGACAAGAUGCAUAUGUUUCUCUUA